CAGCUCUACUCCAGUCCUCCACCACAUCCAUAUAUCCAAAACAACUGACAUAUAUUUGAUGGGUCAAGUCAUGGGUAAAGAGAGACUUCAGAUCCCAUAAAAAUGGCAGCCAGGUUGGGUCUCUAUUCUUCUCCCACCACCAAAUUCCCACUCCCAUCUCGCUUCUCUCGCCUUCCUCCUCUUCCUCACUCGACCAUUUCACCAAAGAGGAGAUCAGUAAAGAGUUGCUUCAAAAUUCAUGCCCAACUAGGUGGUGGAGAUGGAGAAAUCAAGAAAGGAGGGAAGAGGAAAUUUAUAACUAGAGAAGAAGAGCCAGAACAGUAUUGGCAAACGGCGGGAGAAAGGGAAGGGGAGAAUCCAAUGAAAACCCCACUUCCUUACAUAAUCAUAUUUGGGAUGUCAACUCCUUUUGUGAUCUUAGCCAUUGCCUUUGCAAAUGGUUGGAUUAAAGUACCUGUUCGAUGAUUUGGUUUGGUUCCAACCGAGGCAUGAAGAAAAGAGCAGAACUAGCAAUGAGUUAUUUACUUGAACAUAUCCAGUAAUAACCACCUUAAUUGCCACCAUUUGAUCUCUCAAAUGGCUUUUUCUUUCCUUUUUCCCCCUUACACAUUUGUCUCAUAUAUCUCUGUAUCAGUUUCUCUUUCUCAUAUGUAUAUGAAUCAUACUUGAUUACAGUC